AUGUUCGUCAAGAAAAUACACGCAACAACCAAGUUAUCACCAAAAGAAAAAUUUAGAAUAGAAAGCUUUAUUUCAGUAGUUGAUCAAUUGAUAGUAUCAUUAACCGAAAGAAUAGGUGCUUAUGAAACAAUUUGUCAACGUUUUGGUUUUUUAAAUAAAAUUGAAAAAUUAGAAACUUCUGAGCUACAAUCUGCUGCAAAUUAUCUUGUUAGCAUUUAUUCUAAUGAUUUAGAAUCUUCACUCGGUAACGAACUUAUACAGUUCGGUUCAUUUGUAAAAAUAUAUAUAGAAACACGUAAAGAUAAUGAGCAAUGGGAAAUGUUUUUAUACAGAAUUAUUGAGGAAAAUAAUUUACAAUGUACAUUUCCUAAUAUAGAAGUAGUACUGCGUAUAUAUUUGGUUUUGAUGGUGUCCAACUGUAGUGGAGAACGAUCAUUUUCAAAAAUGAAGUUAAUAAAAAACCGACUACGAACUUCGAUGACACAAAGACGACUAUCAGAACUUGCAUUGUUAAGUAUUGAAAGUGACAUACUUAGAUCAUUAGAUUUUUCUCAAGUAGUUGAAAAAUUUGCGGCAACAAAAUCUCGCAAAGUGAUCAUAUGA